GGCACUAUGUGGCUCAGAAGGUGCUGGAAGUGGAGGACUUUUAGAAACGGAGAAUUGUGAAAAAGGAGAAUAAAAUCAUGCUGACCAUUUUCAAAAAUCUUCUAGCAGGAAAUAAUCAUACGUCGGAGUACUACGUCGAACUACCCGGCAGAAUCGCGCUCUCGACACUCGUAGAACCAACUCGUCAAAGAUGGCAGUACAGAACAUAAUCCAAAUGCAUCUUUUCCACCUCGAAUGCGCACAAUGAGCCUCGACGGGCUGUCGGAGAAUCUUGUCGAUGAAAAAAGACCGUC